GCUUUUUUUCAUCCAAAGUGAGUAAAAGAGUGAAUUUGGAUGAAUAAAUAAUAAUAAUAAAAUAAACUAAACCAACGUUUGGAUCGAUAUCUGCAUCGAUCUGCCCACCCUUGUCUCCUGGAUCGUAGCUGAGAUCAGCGUGAACCACGUGGGUCUCUGCUCCCUGAUCUGUUUCCUGUGUUUGGAAAGAGUUCCAGCUUCAUCACGGAGUUUCUCUCGGUUUGUGGGCUCAUCUAAAGCUGAUCAGCAGGAGGAGAAGAGUCUGACGGAGCAGCAGAGGAACAUUUUCAGCCAUCUGGACUCAGCUGAGUCACUACAGAGGAAACAAUGAGCUCAACACAGAAGGACCAACAUGGAUCGAGAAGUCAGAGCUCUCAGGAGGCCGACAAACCUCACAGAAGAAAGGGAGAGAAAACAUACACCUGUGACGAGUGUGGGAAGGAUUUUACUCUGAAGGCUAAUCUAAAACAGCAUCAGGUCAUCCACACUGGAGAGAGACCGUUCAGCUGUGACUUGUGUGGAAAGUCUUUUUCCAGGAAGGGUUCCCUAAGAACACACCAACUCAUCCACAGUGGAGUUAAAGCGUACAGCUGUGAUCAGUGUGGCAGAGCUUUUACUCAAAGUGGCCAAUUACAGAUUCAUCUAGUUACCCACUUUGGAAUUAAGGCAUACAGCUGUGACAUUUGUGGAAAAAGCUUCAGCCGGAUAGGGAACCGAAAUGCACACCUACGCAUUCACACCGGACAUGAUGUGUACUGCUGUGAUCAGUGUGGCAAACAGUUUAUAACCAACAUGCAGUUCCAACGCCACAUGUUUACCCACACUGAGGAGAGACCUUAUAAAUGUGACCUGUGUGAGAAGACUUUUAAAACUCCACAUUGCCUGAGGCGACACCAACAGAUCCACACCAGAAAGAGACUCUACAAGCGCAGUUACUGUGAGGACCAACAUGGAGCGAGAAGUCAGAGCUCUCAGGAGGCCAACAAACCUCACAGAAGAAAGACAGAGAAAACAUACAAAUGUGACAAAUGUGGGAAAGUUUUUACUAGGAAGGCUUCACUAAAGCAGCAUCAGGUCAUCCACACUGGAGAGAGACCGUUCAACUGUGACUUUUGUGGAAAGACUUUUUCCUGGAAGAGUACCCUAAAAAGACACCAACUCAUCCACAGUGGAGUUAAAGCGUACAGCUGUGAUCAGUGUGGCAGAGCUUUUACUCACAGUGGCAACUUACAGAAUCAUCUAGUUACCCACUCUGGAAUUAAGGCAUACAGCUGUGACAUUUGUGGAAAAAGCUUCAGCCGGAUAGGGUACCGAAAUACACACCUACGCAUUCACACCGGACAUGAUGUGUACUGCUGUGAUCAGUGUGGCAAACAGUUUACAACAGACGCACAGUUGCAACACCACAUGUUUACCCACACUGAGGAGAGACCUUAUAAAUGUGACCUGUGUGAGAAGACUUUUAAAACUCCACAUUACCUGAGACUACACCAACAGAUCCACACCAGAAAGAGACUCUCCAACCACAGUUACUGUGAGGACCAACAUGGAGCGAGAAGUCAGCGCUCUCAGGAGGCCGACAAACCUCACAGAAGAAAGACAGAGAAAACAUACACCUGUGACGAGUGUGGGAAGGAUUUUACUUUGAAGACUUCACUAAAACGGCAUCAGGUCAUCCACACUGGAGAGAGACCGUUCAGCUGUGACUUGUGUGGAAAGAGUUUUACCCUGAAGGGUUCCCUAAAAACACACCAACUCAUCCACAGUGGAGUUAAAGCGUACAGCUGUGAUCAGUGUGGCAGAGCUUUUACUCAAAGUGGCCAAUUACAGAAGCAUCUAGUUACCCACUCUGGAAUUAAGGCAUACAGCUGUGACAUUUGUGGAAAAAGCUUCAGCCGGAUAGGGAACCGAAAUACACACCUACGCAUUCACACCGGACAUGAUGUGUACUGCUGUGAUCAGUGUGGCAAACAUUUUACAACAGGCAAAAAAUUACAACGCCACAUGUUUACCCACACUGAGGAGAGACCUUAUAAAUGUGACCUGUGUGAGAAGACUUUUAAAACUCCACAUUGUCUGAGACGACACCAACAGAUUCAUACCAUGUUUAUCAAAUGUUAGAUUACUAUCAUAAAUCACUCCUAGGUUCCUCGCAAUGGCUUUUUUAAAAAUAAAUUCCUAAGGGGCCAAAGUUGUAGUGGUUACAGGGACCAAACACAAUGAUCUCUGUUUUCUAUUCAUUUAAGCUGAGAACGUUUAAAGCCAUCCACGCCUUAAAAUCCUCCAAAUUGAGCGCAUAGGGAGCAUAUAAAUUGAAAAGAGAACUGGGCCAAGAAUGGAUCCCUGGGGGACCCCACAAAAAAUUGAAGUUUUUGAGGACAAUGUAUCCCCUAAUCUAGCAGAAGAACUUUGGUUAGACAGGUAAGAUUGAAACCAUUCCAAUGCUGACAGUUGAAAUAGUUUUUAUUAACAAUGGCGAGCCCUCAAGCCUGGCCAGUAGUCCAUGGUGACUUCAGAUAGUCACAGCCUGGAGGGACAACUUCCAAAAGCAAACUCAACUCACCCAAGUUUAGCCAAGUUUCCAUCACCAGAAGAAAAUUAAAGUGACGAGUGGUGAAGAAGUCGUUCAAAAUAAAGGUUUUAUUUGUUAGCGACCUCGCAUUAACCAGAGCCAAUCUAGCUAACACAGGGUUGCUAGCCAAUUCCAAUAGGUGCACCAAUUCCAGGGAUCGCCCGGAGAUGAACAAGUUGAUAUCCGGGGCAAAUUUGUUCAGAAGAGCGUAAGGAUUAGCCGUUGGUGAAGCAGCCAUGAAAUUUUUAAAUUUUACCAAUACACCCCCCGUUUCCCUCGCCUUGUUUGGCAUUUCUUCCUGGUGGGAUGGCAGGGUGGAUCGCACCGGAGGAACAGUGGUACAGUCUCUAACACAGGUGGGAUAUGAAAAUCCUCACGUCCUUGGGCCAGUCGGGAUUGCUCUACAACAAUGGCUCUGAUAUUUAGUAGCGAUUGGAAGUCAUAAACCAGAAGUGUACAGACAUUUUUGAAGAAAACAGAUGUAAACAAAGCUAGCAAAAACAAAGCAGGUAACAGCUGACGGCAAGCAGCACACACAGGUGCCAUCAAAUAACUAUCCCUAAAUCCAUCUACAAUCUGGACACCACAGGUUCUGUACAGCAUGAGGGUUAAUAAACCGUACCCAAAUCAAUAUGAUGUGUAAACUGAUUUAUUCUUGUACC